AAACCCAUACACUGUGCGCUUUGAAUUGUGGGGAAACAUGUCUGCGCCCUGUCUCCAUCCCGAGGACCACCUUACCAAUGUGAUAAUUGAGUUAUUCAAAUUGUAAACAAGAUCCUCUAACGACAGAGCAGCGGACGGUUUCUGAAGAUGGCGGAGAAGACCCUGAAGGACGGCGUCUCUGGAAAUGGGCUCUCAAGAGCUGUGAUUGCUGAAAUGCUGGCGAAGAAUUUCGAGAGACUGCCUGACAUUGAUCAGAAAAUCUUUAUCUAUGGACCCAUGUAUCUGGGGGGAAAUGGUGGCCUCGCAGGAUUGAUAGCCAACAGCUUUUAUCGCAGAGCUCUGAAUAUCACACAGGCGCCCAUCGCUUCCGGCCUGCCGAUGGCCGUGCUGCCCUUCCUCACAACAUUUGCCCUGUACAACGCAGCAGUGUCGGGGCCCCUCCUGUCCGGUGACCUCAACUGUCCCACCUGUGCCCUGUUGCGAGGUGCACUUGUCGGUGUGGUCGGUGGUGGGGUGUACCCCAUCCUCCUGGCCUUACCUGUGAAUGUUGGGCUUGCAACCAGGUACAGCACAGCACCGAUGCCAGAGAAGGGCAACCAACUCCGGUACUGGGCGGACCUCUCCAGACCGAUCCUGAGGAGAAUGAGGGCUGUUCUGGUGCUUCAGGCUUUCUUCGGCACCUACCUGAGCUCCAGGCACUUUGAAACGUACACCAAACUUGCUAAGAUAACAUUUGACCCAGCUGGAGAGGAACUCAAAGACUAAAAUGUAUUCACCCUUGAAAUAAACAUGUUUUCAUUGAUAA